UUUGUGACGUAAAAAGGAUGGUGGUGUACAAGAUGGCGACGGUCGGGUGCGUGGAGAAUAGUGGUUCAAUGGACAGUGAGGAUUUAGCUGCGAGGAAUACAAAACCAGUGAUUUCUGAUUUAUGUAAGAAAAAUGGGAUUAACCACAGUUGUUUUUUGGCUGCACAAGUUCGAGACUGCUUUGAAUCAAAAGCAGCAUUAUCGGAGAAAAUAACAAAAUUAAAUGGUUGCAACUUCAAAGCAUUUCCUAAACCAUCCAUCCCAACGUUACGGUCAAGAAAGGAUAAAUGUUCUCCAGAACCGCCAAAGAGGAAAAGAAGACCGUCGAGACAUGAUAGCGCAGAAAUCAAAGAAAGAGUAACGGAGAAUGAAAAUGGAACCAAGAAGGAGGCCCGUAAAGUGGAGGUGUCGGAUCGUAUUAAGAACUUGAAGACAGCAGUGUCGCCCGAAAUCUCGCCAGUCAUCACCAGGGCUCAGAAUGAAGCGACAAGUCCAGACCUCAUCCAGCGAUCUGGAGUGCGAUCCGAACAGUCUACACCCGACACGUCACGCUCGUGUACACCAAUGCCAAUCUCCAGUAUCUUCAGUUCCCAUGGCAACAAAGAUACGACGACGACCAACAACAACAGCAGCAGCAGUAGCAGCAGCACCAGCAGCAGCAGCAGCAGCAAACCACCGCUGGCAGAGGAGCCCGUCUCCUGCCAGUGGAAAGAUUGUGAUAAAACUCUGGACCCAAGUAUACUUAUGGACCAUAUACGACAGAGUCACGUGGACCCACAGGCAGGCAGUGAGACAUUCGUGUGCUUAUGGGAAGGGUGCAAGGUGUACAACAAGACCUCAUGUUCCAUGUCGUGGCUGGAGCGACAUAUAGUCAACCACAGUGGCGACAAACCAUACAAGUGCAUCGUUGCCGGGUGUGGCCAGCGAUUCACCACUCAAGGAGGGCUGGAGCGCCACGUGAACAGUCACUUUAACACACUGCCACCGACCAAUCACAAGAUUCUGAAGCAGAGGGAGGACACGCCCACCAAGUUGUUACGGAAACGUAGAAGCAAGAGAAGAAGACCAGAAUUGAAUAAAACUGGCGAUUUCUUUGACAGUGGAAUUAUGGGCCGCCUGCAGCAGGAGUUGGAAGAUCUCACACGGAAGACAGACCUGACGGGUCUGGCCCACUCGGUGACAUUCCACAGCAUUGUUGUUGCGAGACGGAAAGAAGACUCUGGUAAAGUUAAAGUGUUAUUACACUGGAAUCCAGAAAAUAUUCUGCCUGACUCGUGGGUGCCUGAAUCUCAAGUACCAGACUUAUCAGUGCGUGUCAUUCCAUUAACCCAACUACCUCGUGAAACUGCUGUCAACCUCCACCCAUCUCUGUACAGAGGCCAUCGAUUCCGAAAGCAUCGCAGAAAAUGACGACAGUACACCAUAGUGAUUUCGUUAAAACAAUGACCAUCAGCAUCAUAGGAGAAAACCUAGAACAACAACAAGCAUUUUUGUAUUUUUCAUCAAGAGUGCGAAUGAUAACAUUUCCAGCAUCUGUUGUUUCCGAGGACCAAGAUUUAAUAUAAAUGAAGUCAUAUAUGCAGUGUGUGGAUCCUUUUAAUUGUGGUCCUCAGUAAUACAUCAUCAUAGUCUCAUGUCCAUUAUGUGCAGCGUGUAACUGAGAGGCUAUGUUUGACACCAAGCGUGAAACAAACAAAAAAGAUGUUUACAAUCUCUUGAAAAUCAACCCGUUUGUUUUAAUGAAUGUUAUCAGCAUGAAUGCUGCGAUCAUAAUUUUCAAGUGUGAUGUGUAACCGAGUACUAAUCAUUCAUAAGUGAAGUGGAUUAAACAGUUGUUAGAUUCAGUGCUUCGGAAUGCAUCCCACAGCAUUAGUCGUGCCAUCUUGGUUUUCAUACAUGUGUGACGUGUGACUUGUAACCAGCAAUGUUAAUGCUUAGCGUGACCAAGUAUAUUAAAAUGUUUGGUUCAGAUACGUUUAUAAAUGGAUGUCAUUGCGAUCAACAUUGUCAUAUUUACUCUAGUGUGGUUUGUAAAUGAGCAUCUUAUAUGAGCAUGAGGACCUGAUUAAAAUUUUAAAAAAUGGAUGUUACAACAUCAUUGUUGCCGAUGUAUUCUUCAAGUGCACUGUUUUUGCUGUGUUCCUUGAAAUCUCAACACUCGACAGAUUUCAAAAUGGAUGUCAUCACUUUCAAGGUCGACAUAGUUUGUGUUUUAAAAUGUAAUAUCUCAUGGAACAUCUUAAUAUCAAGCAUCUGGAAGUUGAUGAUGAAAAUUUCUUUUAGUCGGUUUAUUUAAAAAUUGCAUGUUACAUUACAGCCUUUGUUAUAUUCUUGAAGAGCGAGACUUUUAAAUUUCUUGAAACUCAACACAUUUCGAAAUAGAUGUCGUUAAGCAUUUGCUUUGCCAUGAUGUUAUCAAAUGCAUCGUGGUAUGAAUCUAGGAACUGUACAUGCUCAGUUACAAUCUCAACAUUAGCUUCAAUAUUCAUCAAAUGUGUCAGUCAAUGAGCAUUGUUUGAGGCUGGUUCACCUGAUUUGAGCUUGGAGUCCUUUCUAGAAAUCCCUAAACUUUGAUUUGAUCCUGAAUGAAUGUCAUUUCCACUGGCUAUAUGAUGUAUCGUUACAGCAUCUGCAGUACCCAGCUUGAUUUUCUGCCUGCAGACAAUUAAAAGAUCUUUAGAAAUUUGACUUGUUUUCCAGUAGAAGUCACCAUUGGCUGUAUGAUGUAUAAUUGCAGCAUCUGUAAUUGAUCAUUACUCCGUACCAAAUUUGAAUCUGAACUUGGAGAUCUUAUUGAAGAUCUUUAGAAAUUGGACUCCUUGGAAUGAAUGUCAUCAAUAUUGAAUAUAUGACACAUAUUUUCAGCGUGAUCUGUAGUUAGUCAUUAUCCAUUACCAAGGCAUGGGGAAGUCGUGUGUGUGACAUAAAAUUCAACAUAAUCUUCAAUUGAUCCAUUUUCCUCAUUAAUCAUGGAAUCAGUACAAAACUAACACAUAGUGACUACCGCACCUUCACGUUUGUCCAUGUGCUAUAUGCAUUGUUUACAUCUUCAUUAGCCAUUGCAUCAACAAAUGGAGAAAUGCUUGGAAGAUGAAAGAUUUGAGGUUACAUGUAGAAUUUAAAAAGACCACGUUGAUAUAUGCAGUUAGAAGAACGUAUGAACACAAUGUGCAGUUACAGGAAGAAAUUCAUCAUUGUAGCAAACCAAACCGUUGCAGUUUGAAGCAAUUAAAAACUACAAGCCACCAAAAAACCUUAGGUCGUUGUUACAUGUAUAUUUCUGUGUUAAUUGCAAAUGAGGGUGUGUUUUUUUUCUGUUACAUGUAUGUUUUGAACAUUUUGUUGUACGGUAAUUAAUUGUGGUUGCAUGGUUUUCCACAAUAGUGGAAUAUUCAUUUUAGUAUUGCUGUCUCUUGUUUGUUGUUGCACAAAAUUGCAAAGAGAAUGUUUACAUUGUUUAAGGCAAUAAUGAUCUUUAAAACAGAUUAAUAUUUUUUUAAUGGAAAAAUAAUAAUAAUAAAACUAAGUCUUUUUCUUUCUUUUUUUUUUUUUUAAUUCUUUUUUUGUAGGUUUACACUAUUUGUAACCUAAGGCUGACAUUGAAAAAUGUAUAAGUUUUUUUGUUCUUUUUUUAAAUACUUAUUUCGUUAUUUAUCAUACUUUAUUAUGAUUGUGAAUUUAAAAUAAAGUUUACAGUAAUAAAAUCUUUCUCAGGGUUGCAUUUAGUGUACAAGUAUUCUUCAGUAUCAACCGACAUUGGCUCAUUCCAUUACAGUUAAAAUGAACCACCACAUUUGUAUAACACCACCAUACAUGUAUAGUACAUAACAACAUGCAUCAAAGCUAAACGGUUAACAUAUUGGUCAUGCCAUUACAUUGUCUUGAAUUCAGACUUCAAACCUAAACUUUGAGUCGAACAUCAACCCCAAUCUCAAAACAAAUAUAUUACAUGUACAUCGGCAUCAGAAGAUGCCCACAACUCGUUGGGGGGGGAGGGGUCAAACUGUAGGAGUUAAUUAUUAAAAACAUGUAUACACAUAAUUGUUAUAAAAUGAUUUAGAAUUUUUAUGAUCAACUCCAGUCAUAAUAAAACAAUUUCUUGAAACAUAUAAUUAUUAGCUACAUUCUUGUGUAUUGUCAGAUUAAAAACAAAUCCAGUUUUCAUUUAAAUCCAUAUUUAGAUCACCUUUCAACUGGGAGACCUGUCCUCUCUAGCUUCAUAGUUGGGGGGGGGGGGGGGGGGGGGGGGCAGUGCCCACUCCCCUCCCUCCCACUUCCGAUGCCUAUGAUGUUUAUAUAUACAUGUAUCUGUUAAAAACUGCAUUACAAAUAGGGUUGUUGUUGUUUUUUAAACGGCUAAAUCAGAUUUAAAUGAACAUUCUAUAAACAUUGAUCUUUACACUAAUUCAGCUGUGUUGAGCAAUAAAUAUUUAUAUUUGUCUUAAUAAAACAGGAGUAAAAAUUUCAACAGUAUCUUUUUACAUCUUUUUAUGUGUUAUGCCAUUUUCAGGUGUUUUGAAAGUGUGCUACCUGUUACAAAUGUACCUCAUUAUUUUUUCAAUGAGUAUAUCGCCUUGAACAACCAAUCAAAUGAAUACACAUGUUAUUAGUUACAAUUAGGGCAUUAACCAUCCAGUGCCUUAUGGUGUUCCAUAAUGAUAACUUUGUUUUAACGUAAGAAGUUACUGUUUAAAAUAGAUUACUGUUUAAUUUGACCAUUACAGGGCUCGAAUUUAAGAAUUUGUCAUCCAAGGCGUUUGUUUUCUUUAAAUUGCCAUGGGUGAAACAGCCCACCGAUGGCAGUUUUGAGCCUGUCUAUGACAAUUUUUUAAAUGGUCACUUUUGCAGCAAAUAAAUAGCCUAUGACUGAAAGGCUAUUUUGUUGCAUGUAGACAUAUUUCAAAUGUACAAAUGUUAAAUACUGGCAGAUAAUAUACACCAGAUAUAUUAAUUUUGCUGUCGUUGAGGAGUUUUACCGAUGGCAAAUUAUAUCUCAACGAUGGCAAUUGCAGUAGGUGCCAUAGUUAAAUUCGAGCCCUGCAAUUAGCAUGUUUAAGAUAAAAAUUACUAUGUUUUAUAUAAACAUAACUGUGUUUAAGGUUACUAUUACUAAUACCAUGUUAAGAUACACAUUAUUAUAUUUAGGUUACUUUGUUUAAGAUAAAGAUAACUAUGUUUUAGGUUAAGAGUACUACAUUUUAGAUUUCUGUGUUUAAGAUCCAUAUUACUAGGUUUAAAAUAGAGAUGACCAUGUUUUAGGUAAACAGUACUACAUUUUAGAUUAUUAUAUUUUAAAUAAACUGUACUACGUUUUGGAUUACUAUGUUUAAGAUACACAUUACUAUAGUUUAGGUAAACAUUACAAUUUUUAAGAUUUCUAUGUUUAAACUUUAAGGUCAAGAUUACUAUGUGUGAACUUUUAUUUUUUGCCUUGUGGGAAUAUGCCACAUGUUUGAAAAAAACCCGGAUGUACUUUGAUCAAUUUGAAAACAAAAUUGUCUUGGUACAAAAAAGAAAAUAUAAAAAGACUGUUUUUAUUGUCUCUUAAUUUUUUUUAAUUAUUAUGUCUUAAAUACAUACAAUCAUUUGUAUAAUUGCAGAGCCCAUUGUUACAUAUUCAAGUUGUUAAUUAUUAUUGAAUUAAGAAACUUUUUUAAGGUUUCUGUUACCUAAAUUAUUACAUUAAUGAAAUUUUAGCAAUCGACAAUAUUUUGAAUCACAGAAUAGUUUUCUUUUUAAUGUAAAUUCAUUUUAGUUUUGUUGGGGAUUUUUUUAAAGCUGAAUUCUUUGGUCAUAAUAUGCCAGCAUAAUUUAAUACAGCAUACAUUGCAGGAGGCUAGCAUUAAACCAUGUUACUAAAUUAUACCAUUCAGUAAUAUUGCAUAAACGAUACAUGUUGCGUUGUAAUGGUGUAUACAUAUACAAACCUUUUUAACAUCAGUAUCCUGUAUAAAUCAUUUAAAACACCAAUAGCAGUACCCAUAUCUGGCUUAUAUUUUAAGAUGGAGACUGAGCAAUUUAUAUUUUUCUUGUUAUUUUUUGUUUAUAAUUAUGUAUAAUUGACUAAUUAAAAAUAAAAGUAUAGGUUUAUUUUGGGUCUAAUUCCAAAUUAUAAAUGAAAAUUUAUUAAUUUUGGAUACUAGACACCACUAUUGUACCACCCAACACAUUUUAAUCCACCAGUGACUGAGGAAUAUUUAUAUUAAAUUUAUUUUCAGUUUUACAUAACUGUAAUUUAUACUGGGUGUAUACAUUCAUAAUUAGCUAAUGCUAGCCACCGUAAGACAUCAAAUAUGAGCUACAAAUGAACAAAUGGUAUCCUUCCUCGUUUACGAUUCACUUGUUAGCAAAUGUCCAUAAAUGCAGCUGUUGUGACAUCCAGUAGCUGAUGAUUAAUUAAUCACUGCUCUAUUGGGGUCGUUAAACAAAACCAAGUUUAUGUAGCUGUUGAUAAUUUAUUUCUGGGAUAAAGUAAAUGCAAUAUAUAUAUAUUCAGGUAAUAUUUUGUUAGGCUACUUUGUCUUUAACGGUUAUGGGUUUGAAGACAUGAUUUGUUAAUCUACAUACGUGUAUACCUGUAUAUGCUUUCGGGUUUAUAUUAACCAAUUUUUCUGGUUUUGUAAGAUAGUAUGGUUGUGAAUUUUUUGUCUUUUAACUUUAUAUUAUGGCUUAUAAUUUUUACUGUUAAUUUUUUUUUUUUUUUUUUUGUGGGGAGAGUAUUAAAUAUAUUUUACUAAGUACAGAACAUUUCAGGACUGUGUGGUCUCUAUACCAUAUCUGUCUGUUGCUGUUAGAAAACACUUUCUUCAGUUUUGUUUUUUAAAGUGUCUAAUAUGUGUCGUUUGUUCUUUUGUCUUAAUUUUGUGGGAGUUUUUAUUUAUUCAUUUAACUACAAUAAUGUCUUACUUCAGUCCCUAAUGUUCCUGAAUGUCCUGAGCCAAAAUUAAAUAUAUUCAUGUAUAAUGUACUUGUGGGUACAUGAACAUACUGAUAGUAUUAUGUAUAAAUGAAUGUAAUAUUUGUUGAAGAAAAACCCAAAUUGUUAUUGUUGUAAUAGAAUCGUGUAAAAAAAAAUCCAAAACUAUUUGAUGUACAAGUAGGUUGCAUAUUGUUGGGAAUUUUUGGUGUUUGUUUUCUUUAAUUUCAACUCAUGUAUUAUUUAAAUAACAAAAUAAUAGAUGAAAGAUUGUUUGUCAACUUUUACAAAUAUAUAUAUAUAUAUAAUUAUAUUUUCCUAUACCUAAUAGUAUUUCUACCAAACCAUAACUGAUUCUCUUCUAAAUGACCAUGACUCGAGGUGAUGUGUAUUUUGGUAUUGUUAAAGCUGUUCACAAUUGUCAACAAAUUCAAACCAUAACUGAUUCUGUUCUAAAUGACUAUGACUCGAGGUGAUGUGUAUUUUGGUAUUGUUAAAGCUGUUCACAAUUGUCUACAGAUAGCAUUCAUUAUGUUCUACACCCAUGAACCCAUACUAGACAUAUUACAGAUAGCAUUCGUUAUGUUCUACACACAUGAACCCAUACUAACCAUAUUACAGAUAGCAUUUGUUAUGUUCUACACCCAUGAACCCCAUACUAAACAUAUUACAGAUAGCAUUCGUUAUGUUCUACACCCAUGAACCCAUACUAAACAUAUUACAGAUAGCAUUCGUUAUGUUCUACACACAUGAACCCAUACUAACCAUAUUACAGAUAGCAUUUGUUAUGUUCUACACCCAUGAACCCCAUACUAAACAUAUUACAGAUAGCAUUCGUUAUGUUCUACACCCAUGAACCCAUACUAAACAUAUUACAGAUAGCAUUCGUUAUGUUCUACACCCAUCAACCCCAUACUAAACAUAUUACAGAUAGUAUUCGUUAUGUUCUACACCCAUGAACCCCAUACUAAACAUAUUACAGAUAGCAUUCGUUAUGUUCUACACCCAUGAACCCCAUACUAAACAUAUUACAGAUAGCAUUCGUUAUGUUCUACACCCAUGAACCCCAUACUAAACAUAUUACAGAUAGCAUUCGUUAUGUUCUACACCCAUGAACCCCAUACUAAAAAUAUUCUCAAGGAUGUUGAUUCUGCAAAGGAUAUUUUUAUUGACCUUUUUUUGUUUUAAAAUAAUAUGCUAUCAUUCACACUACACACAUACACACACCAGAGUUUGACAAAUGUUUGGGAAAGUCACUAGCCCUCAUAGAAGCUUUGGCUAUUGGCUAUUGCUCUAUUAAUUAAUAAUUUCCAACAGCCUAGACAUCAAAUCCACGAGCCACGAGCAAGGGCCAGUAGAUUUGUCGAACUCUGACACACACACGCACACACAUGUGCACAUACACACACAUGAACACACAUACUUGUAAACAUAAAUGAAACACACCUACAAAGAACACACAUACCCUCCGUUCACGAUUUGUAAGCUCAUGAAUAUGUUGAUGAUUGUAAAGAUCCCAUAAUUAAAAUAAGAACCAAUAUGUAAAUGAAAUUCUGUGACAAAUUGUGGUAAAAACCAUCUUCGCAAUAAAACCAGAUUUGCUGUAACCUGGCCCACCAUUUAGGAUUACCGGUAUAGUUAUCCAGAUUUUUCAGAAAUUCAGGAUUUUUGGACUAGUUAAAAAAUUGUUCACUGAUGAAAGGUCUCAAUGUACCAAGACUAUGCAAAGAUUUUAUUAAAUUGUGUUUAAUCCAGUAUCAUUUCUAUCAUUGCAACUACUGGUACAUGUAUGUAUCAAGAUUUUGCAAAGUUUUAUGGAUUUAAAAAAAAAAAAAAAUUAAUCUUAUCAUUGCACAAUUUUAGUAACUACUGCAGUGAGUCUCAAUAUGACUGAAACAAGAUCUCACUACUUCUCUUCCUUUAACCAAGUUUUAGCAGUAAGUUUGAACAGAUGGCCCAGUUAGUAAACCACACUAUUUCAGGUUCAGUUGAUAAGGAUUGAAAUUCAUUCUGUGGCGUGGAAAGCAAUCUCAGAUUUCAGUUUGGAAGUGAAUGUUAGAAAUUGAGAAUCAGUUCUAGAAAAUAGUUUCAAAAUUAGACUCCAUACUGGAUAUGUGUAAUUUAAAAAAGAAAAGAAAAAAAGAGGGUGUUUUUGUUCAUUUUUAAAAUAACAAUGUUAAAAUAAAUGUGGAUAAAAGCUUAUGAUUUAUAUUAUGGCUGAAUUAAAAAUAAGUAUGAGUUGGCUAGGUUAUAGCAAACAGUACUUUCUAAACUACAGGUAUAGUGAAACCCCACAUAACUGGACCUUCUGUAAACUGGGAUUCGCUCAAAACCAGACAAUUUUCAUGGUCUGCUUUUAAAUAUCAGUAUAGAACAGAACCACUAAACCAGAUUAAUUUCUUGGUCCCGUGGGUGUCCAGUUUUAAUAGGUUUAACUGGAUGGGUCACAAUUUUCUUUGUUAUUAUUAUUUUUAUUUUUUUUACAUUCUCAACCUUUUGCAGUCUUCUUUUCCAGUGUUUUAUGAAGGGCUUGGUGGGUUUUAAUUUUUAUUAGUUGUAGUAUAGUAUAUUACUAUUCUGUGUUGUUGAAAAAUUAGAUUGAUGAGCAACCUUAUCUAAUAUUUAUAUUGUUUAUUCCACACAAAAUAUGUUUACCAUUUGUAAGAAUACAUAUAUGCAGGGCUUCUAGAAUUUUUAUAAAAUCCACUAGCCAUGGGAUCAUUGAUUUUAGAAAUUUACUAGCCAUGAUUAAAAAUUCACUAGC